AUGUCUAUUAUGAUAUGGACCCAAAGUAAAUCAUUCCAAAUUAUGAGCUCAAUGAUUGACCAAAAACUGGAAUCAAUAUUACUGGAACCAUGCAUUUUUAAGAAACUGAAUCCUAUCAUCGUAUCAAAUGACAUUCGAGAUAUUAUUAAUGCAUCAUGGAUUAAAGAAGGGGUACCAAAAAUUUUAAUUGGUCCUAGUGUUCGAAUAGAUAAUAGUAGUACAAUGUUUUUGCCUACAUUGCCAACAUACCUUUUGUCAACAAAUAAACUUCAAGAAGUUCUUCGCAAAGUUAAAUCUUCAUCAUGGUGGAAUAUUGAUUCUCGUUUCUUGAUCGUUGAUAUUUUUAAAAUCUGUAACGAUGCCUGGAAUAUAUUUCAAACUAUGUGGAAGAUGAAUUUACUUUCUUCUUUACUUAUAUGCCAAGAUAAGGAUGAUUUAAUUGCAAUAUAUACUUACAAUCCUUAUGCAAAUUAUGCACCGUAUCCAUGGCAGCAUGUGAACACUACAUUUAAUGAACGACAUCAGCAAUGGACAUUGUUUAAGCGACAUGACUCUAAAGGUCAAUACGGCUGCAGUAAUUUGUUUUUUGAUAAAACAAAACAUCUUAACGGUUCUGAAGUAAUAGCUGAAGCAAUAAUACGUUUAAAAGUAACAACAGAUUUCGAAAAAGCCUACAAUAUCAGUUCAAUAGAGAAAAAAAUGCCAUUUCUUACUUGGAAGUGUUUUUAUGAAAUUUUUUCCGUUUUAAACGUAACACCCAUUAUUCAUUACUUCGAUCUCAGUAAUCCUCACAAAAUUGGAAAUCAAACUACAGAUGGAUUUUUUAAUAAUUUGGCCGAUAGUACGUGUGACAUAACUUUAAAUUUUCUAUCACUAGUGAAAAACUUUAAUUCUUACAGCUUUAUUUAUCCGAGGCAUACUGGAACUUACUCCAUAUUGACGCGUCGCAAUAAAGUUGUCUCUUAUUUAGAUGAAAUCGGAUCUGUUUUUAGUAUCAAUGUACUCAUUCUUACCGCUUUGAUUUUCAUAUUAACGUUUAUUGUACUGUUGGUUUGUAAAAAAUUGUCGUUUGGAUCAGCAUUACUUGAAAUUUUGCGAUUGACAAUGACCACAAGUACUGUUGUAAAGUUUUAUAGGCUUCCUUUAAGGAUUUUCAUCGUAUCUAUACUCUUAUUUGUCAUAAUUAUGAAUGCUAAUUAUCAAGGUCAUAUGUCUGCAUACUCGACGAAAUUAUACCGCGAGAAAAUAAACAGUAUUGCUGAUCUUAAAAAAUUCAAGUACUCUAUUUUCAUGACUCGUUAUAUUGGACAAGUUAUCGGUGUCGAUGAGUGGACAGAGACAGAAAAAAAAUAUGUUCACUAUACGAAGAACGUUUGUCAUGAUGAAAUUAUCAACAGUUAUAAUUUUUACGCUGCAUGUAUUAGUACUGCAACAAUUAGUGUUCCGGUUGCUAUCAAACACAAUUUACAUGCUUCUAUACUCCGUACUCCGCGAUUUGUUAGUCCAUUUAUUCGUAAAGAUUGGCCUCUUGAAACUCGAGUAGAUGUUAUUAUGUCACGGUUAACAGAAGCUGGUUUUCUCUAUUAUUGGGAAAGUACCGAAAUUAGUGAACCAAUGAAAAAAUUAAGAUUGAAAGAAGUCAGAAUAUUUGAUACGUACAGAGAAAUUAUCAUGUCAGAUGUAGAAUAUAUUUUUGUAUUCCUAGCGACUUCUUUAGCAAUAUCAUUCAUUGUUUUCCUGGUUGAAAUUUGUUAUGAACAUUGCAAUAAUUGA